UACACAAAGGCAAAGAUAUCUUAGGAAUCAGUAAUUGAGGAUAAGGGAAAGAGAAAGAGAAAGAGAAAGAGAUGGCGAUUCAACUGAAGCUGAACCACCUCCACUCGCAUGCUCUGAACCACGAGAAGCAACCCAAGCCGGGUCUCUUCACCUCCGUUCUGCAAGGAUCACACAAGUUUCAAGUUAAAGCAGCGUCCAAUGUCCAGCAGCUUUUACAGUCUGGUGCUAUUAAGCCUAUACCGGCUAAGGACGCAGCCAUGGCCAUGAGUUCAGAAGGUUUUAUGCUUCUCGACAUCAGACCAUCGUGGGAGAGAGAAAAGGCACGAGUGUCAGGAUCACUCCAUGUUUCCCUUUUUGUCCAGGACUUGGAUAACAGUCCUUUAACCCUUUUAAAGAAGUGGGUUCAUUUUGGCUACAUUGGGCUCUGGACUGGCCAGAAUUUCACCACAUUGAAUCCUGAUUUUCUCCAGCAGGUGGAGACUGCUGUUCCUGAUAAGGACACCAAGCUUCUUGUGGCUUGUGGAGAAGGGCUAAGGUCCAUGAUGGCAGCUUCAAAGCUGUACGAGAAAGGAUACAGGAAACUCGGAUGGUUGGCCGGAGGAUUCAAUCGCGCCGCAGACGGCGAUUUCCCAGAUGUUGAAGGACCAGAAGAACUGCAGUAUGCAACUAUAGGGGGUGUAUCUUACUAUUUCCUUAAAUUGCUAAUUCUCUUGCAGGCUGUAGGUAAGAGCAAGGAUUAGCUAAUGAGAUAUGAUUCUGUUUUAGUUGUCCUUAAUCAAAGCAGUAUUCACGAUUACAAGACUUGUAUGUUCCAUCCUUGCCCAAUGAAAACAUGGAACAUAGGUUUAACAAA